GUUGCUUAACGCCACAUCUCCAUCUCUCUCUCUCUCUCUCUCUCUACCCGCCUCUGAGAUCCCACUCAGAUUUUCUGCUCUCUCGUGUACCUACUUUUCUGCAAUGGAUUGCGCCGGAGAUAGCCACGGCACCGACGCGAGUCCAGACGCCGAUAACACGGUCAUGCCAGGGACCUCGUUGUCCCCAGCCGUCCACCGCGCCCUACAUCUUAUCCAAUCGGACGACCUUGACGCCAAGGUCCAGGCUGCCCGCGAUAUCCGGCGACUCACGAAGACCUCCCAGCGCUGCCGUCGACAUCUGUCCCCCGCCGUGAAGCCGCUAGUCUCCAUGCUCCGUGCCGACUCAACCGACUCCCGCGAGGCUGCUCUCCUCGCCCUCCUCAACCUCGCCGUCAAGGACGAGAAGAAUAAGAUCCGCAUUGUGGAAGCUGGUGCCUUAGAACCCAUAAUUAGUUUCCUCAAGUCACACGAUCUAAACCUACAGGAGUAUGCAACUGCAUCUUUGCUUACUUUGUCUGCUUCAAGCAUCAACAAACCAGUUAUUAGUGCGUCCGGUACCAUUCCUCUCCUUGUGGAAAUCCUUGGACAUGGAAGCCCACAAGCCAAGGCGGAUGCUGUGAUGGCCCUUUCCAAUCUCUCAACGCACCCUGAUAAUCUUCGCAUCAUUCUUGAAACAAAUCCAAUCCCUUCGAUGGUUAAUUUGCUUAAAACCUGUAAAAAAUAUUCAAAAACUGCCGAGAAAUGCAGUGCUCUUAUAGAGUCUUUAGUUAGUUUUGACGAGGGCAGAACUGCCUUGACAUCUGAAGAAGGUGGAGUGCUUGCAGUUGUUGAGGUGCUUGAAAAUGGAUCUGUCCAAAGUCGGGAGCAUGCAGUUGGAGCAUUACUGACAAUGUGUCAGAGUGACCGGUGUAAAUAUCGGGAACCAAUUCUUAGAGAAGGCGUAAUACCGGGUCUUCUUGAGCUCACUGUUCAAGGAACGCCCAAAUCUCAGUCCAAAGCUCAAAUGCUUUUGCAGUUACUGAGAGACUCUCCAUAUGCAAGAUCUGAGUUUCAACCUGACACCCUGGAGAAUAUUGUUUGCAAUAUUAUCUCUCAGAUCGAUGGAGAUGAUCAAUCAGGUAAAGCAAAAAAGAUGCUAGCUGAGAUGGUGCAAGUCAGCAUGGAGCAGAGCUUGAGGCAUUUACAGCAAAGGGCUCUGGUAUGCACACCAACUGAUCUGCCGAUUGCUAGUUGUUCUUCCGAAGUUCCUUCGAAAUGAUUGUUUUGGUUUAUGGCUUUUUCUUUUCCCAGAUGGGGUUUGUAAAAAUAAAAAGAAAUAAGGUAUAGCUGAGUGAUGCCAGUCCAGGUCGUUAUGGUCGCUCCGGGUGACUGGUAAAUGUUAAUAAACCCAAAUUUGUAUCAGGUUGAAAAGCAUAAUUUUGUAGUUGAUUGUAAAGAAACAGUUGUAUUGCAUGUUUAUACAGAGUAAAGGUUUUCUUUCUCCGCACUGAUCAAAA